UGUUGUGCGCCAUGAUGGGAUCGAGAGUGUGAGUGAAGGUUCGAUCCCAGCACGGCGCACCUGGCAUUGAUCAGCUGACAUCAUAUGACAGAGGCGCAGACGCUACCACACCGCACCGACGCUCACACAACCUUCUCCAUACACCUCCAACCACUAUCAGAAAUGACGAGCCUUGGCCACCUGGACCACGUGGCUGCUGUGAAGCGGGACUACAUUGCACAACCACGUAUAUGUUACAAGACGGUAACGGGUGUCAAUGGUCCACUGGUUAUUCUGGAUGAUGUCAAGUUCCCCAAAUUUGCUGAGAUUGUCAAUCUUCAUCUGGCUGAUGGCACUGAGCGUAAGGGACAAGUGCUGGAAGUGAGCGGCUCUAAGGCUGUUGUCCAGGUAUUUGAAGGAACCUCUGGUGUGGAUGCCAAGCACACUGUAUGCGAGUUCACUGGUGACAUCUUGAGGACUCCUGUUUCUGAGGAUAUGUUAGGGCGUAUUUUCAAUGGUUCUGGCAAACCUAUUGAUCAGGGUCCUACAGUGUUGGCUGAAGACUUCCUCGACAUUCAAGGUAAGUCAGACAUGCUCUCAGCAUUUCAUUACCUAUCUGAAAGUUGGGCAUGUCAGGGUCUCAUUUUAUUUUUUGCCCAUUACUUUGGCAGAGGGCAGAAGAUUCCAAUCUUCUCAGCUGCAGGUCUACCCCACAAUGAAAUUGCUGCUCAGAUUUGUCGUCAAGCAGGUUUGGUUAAACUGCCCACCAAGAGUGUUCAUGAUGACCAUAAAGACAACUUUGCCAUUGUGUUUGCUGCUAUGGGUGUAAAUAUGGAGACUGCCAGAUUCUUCAAACAGGACUUUGAAGAAAAUGGCUCCAUGGAGAAUGUGUGCCUCUUCCUGAAUCUUGCCAACGAUCCAACCAUUGAACGUAUCAUCACACCACGUCUUGCUCUGACUACAGCAGAGUAUCUGGCUUACCAGUGUGAGAAACACGUCCUCAUCAUUCUUACUGACAUGUCUUCAUAUGCUGAAGCUUUGCGUGAGGUAUCUGCAGCCAGAGAGGAAGUGCCAGGUCGUCGUGGUUUCCCUGGUUACAUGUACACCGAUUUAGCCACUAUUUAUGAACGUGCUGGCAGAGUAGAGGGACGACAAGGUUCCAUCACGCAAAUUCCUAUUCUUACUAUGCCUAAUGAUGAUAUUACUCAUCCCAUUCCUGAUCUCACGGGUUACAUCACAGAAGGUCAGAUUUAUGUUGAGCGUCAGUUGCACAAUCGUCAAAUUUAUCCACCUAUCAAUGUACUACCAUCACUAUCUCGACUUAUGAAGUCUGCUAUUGGUGAGGGAAUGACACGUAAGGAUCAUUCUGACGUCUCCAACCAGCUAUAUGCUUGUUAUGCCAUUGGCAAAGAUCUUCAGGCCAUGAAGGCUGUGGUGGGUGAAGAGGCUCUUACCUCUGAUGAUUUACUUUAUCUAGAGUUUCUUGGAAAGUUUGAGAAGUCGUUCAUCUCUCAAGGAUCGUAUAUGAAGCGCACUGUCUUUGAGUCUCUGGACAUUGGAUGGCAGUUGCUUCGUAUCUUCCCCAAAGAAAUGCUCAAGCGUAUCCCAGCCUCUACUCUUGCAGAGUUCUACCCACGAGACCGACCACAGUAGUGUGUAUAUAUCUCCAGGUGAUUAUAAACUUGGUAAUUAUAUUUUAUCAGGGAAUGGUUGUAAAUUUGUGAAAAAUAGGUUAUUGUUAUCAUUGUUUAUGGAUUUUACAAAAUGUCACAUAAAUCAUGUUUUAAGGUAAAUGUUAGCUGUAUUUAUCAAAUAUGAUCAAGAUAGAAAUAAUUUGUAAAGAAUUUAUCAGGUUAUUUUUGGAACCAUAUAUUUUUUAAAGGCUAACCCGUAAGUUUUCAUUUUUAUAAUGGUUCUCAUUUUUAAUCAUGAUAGGAUUUGUUGUAUAGUAAGAUGUUGAAAAUAUUGAUAGAUUGAUUGUGCAUUGAGCCAUAACUAGUGUGCAUGACAAGACAAUAAACAUCCAUGACUUUAACUAUUGGUUAAUUUUAAUUGAAAUGUUGGCAACAAAGGCCUGAUAAAUGAAAUUAAAAGAAAUAUUCCAGGGAUCUUUUUUCCAUGCUUUUUUUAUUGCAAUUUUUUCAGCAUAAUAAGGAAAAACAUGGAGAUACAUAAGUAAUGUUUUUAAAUAGAAAAUCACAUGGUACCCACCAUUGAGGCUGACAGAACAAACUUCAAACAUAUUGAGUUGAUAGCUUUUGUAAGUAUAUUCCUGUAGGUUGUAAACAUUUUUCUUAAUAUGCUGUUGUUACUUAGCACAACUUGGUGCAGUUGUUGUAUAUAUUAGUGGAGCAGUUGUGUUGUAUGCAUAAAGACUAGGUGAUAGAGGUUUCCAACCUACAGGGAAUCACAGGUGACACACAUUGACACAUUCCAGGAACUGACCACAGCUGCUCUUAUUUACAUAAGAGAUUAUGCUUUUAAUUUAUUAUCUUUUUUUGUGUUUACCUUGUGUAUAAUAUGUGGAGAAAAUUUAGAGAAAUGUAGUGUAUCUUUGGUCUGGAUUAGAGCAGUGUUGUAAAGUUGUGGAAAUAAUAACUGGAAUUCCGUCUAAUAAAAUGUAUAAUAGUU